AUGUCUGUUUUAUACGAUGAUAUAUUUGAGGGUCUAAUAGACGGGAUUCACGCCUUUGAGUCUGGAUUGGUCAAUGCUGCUUUAUAUAUCUUAGAAGACACCUUAAUUAAGACAGACCAAUUUUAUGAGGAAAAUGGUAUUCACCAUGAGAGCCGAAUAAAUAUACAAAUGCAACUGGCCAAAGUAUAUAUAUGGCUGAGACAGUUUCAGAAGGCUGUUGAUAUCUUAAAAUCGGCUUUAGAAUCAUCGCCCGAAAACGUUCCUGUAUUAUACCGGUUAUUUCUAUUAUAUUCAGAUGCUUAUCCCAACGAGAAGAUGGCACUAAAGGUCUACUUACGGGCCGAGUCAGUUAUGAAGGAAAAUGGAUCGUUGGAUUGUAAUCACAGGAUCUAUAAGAAUUUUGUGACAAGGGGUGAAAAAAUCAAAUGCAAGAGGCAAUCGUUUUUUAUGUUCAAGGAUGACACUGAAGAAAUUGAUAAACAGAAUUUGAUGAAACAACUACCUAUUGAGAUAUUAUCGAAUAUUUUUUCAAUGCUGGAUCCCAAGAGUUUGAUCAAUUUGUUACUAACAUGUAAAGGAUGGAGGUCCACAAUUCUUGAAUCCCCACAUCUAAUUGGAGCUUUUACGCUUAGUAGAGAUAUAACAUUUAAAAAAUUACAGUCGUAUUUGAGAUUAUUUGAUCAAAAGGUAUCCACUUCAGAAAUCAUCUUAGAUAAACUUUCUAUUGCAUUCAAUUCACGUGAUGAACUUCCCCUGAUGAAAUUGCUGCUUUCUUCUGGCCUGAGGUCGAAGAGCUUAAAUAUUGAAAUAAGAGAAGCUAUACAACCUCAAAUUUGCACAUUGAUUAAGGAAUCGAAACCUUUACUCUUCACGCAACAGACCCAUUUAUCGAUUACUAUCGAAAAAGAGGCCCAAUCGAUCUCAUUUGUUGAUAAUAUUUUACCUAUGAUGACAAAUUUACAAACGCUCUAUAUAUCCUUCAGAAACCUUUCUUCCCCCAAACAAAAGUCUUCGUCUCCACUGAUUGAUCUACCAAGGUUGCGAUUCUUAAAUAUAAAGAAUGAGGGAAAGCACGACCAGGUGGAAAGAUUCGUGUCUGCCCUAACAAUACACAAUGUUGAGUCAUUAACUAUUGAUACACGUUCAACGAACAUAUUUUUAAAAUGCAUUCGAACGGCAAAUAAAUUGAAACAUUUGAAAAUGCGGAUGAUUCCAAUCGAAUUGUUUUUAUAUGAUUUCAUGAUUGAAGGCCGGCCAGGAUACGAAAGAGUUAAGGAGUUGGAAACACUCGAGUUUGAUACUUGCCCUUCCAGUGUGGAUCAUAUAUUUGGACCGAGGGUACAAUUCAAGGAAUUCAACAAUUUAAGAGUCCUUAAGUUCAGAAAUUCUCAAAUUACGGUAACUACCAUUGAAGCUUUCUUCAAGACGUGCAAGAAAAGUUUAAAGGAGUUGGACGUCUUGGAGAAAUCAUUGCUUUCGUACAAGGGCUCCAAUACAAACAACAACGGGACGUUUAGUUUGAAAAAUGUCUUGGAAACUUGUACUGGUCUGGAGGAGCUCCAUAUAACCGACAAUAAAAUCAAUAGUUCCAAUUUCACGCAAAUAGCUUUUGAUAUUGCCAUGUUAACGAGACCAAUGAAGUUGAACUGCUUGGAGUUGUCAAAUUCUUCUAUUCCAUCAUCUUCGUAUAUUGUGCUGUUCUUAUCAAUCAAGACUAAACUAACUAUCAAAAGAAUGAUUAUACAUCAGCAAAACCCCGAUGUUCAACUAAUAUCAUUCAGUGAGGAAUUGAAAAGAAGUAAGGUGGUAGGUGAGUUUUGUUUCAUUUAA